CCGGUCCAUAGUUUCCCCAACCGGUUUUUUAGCAGCGACUUCCAAAAUGAUGAGGAAUUUAAUGCUCCAGCUUCUGUAUACACUUAUAUGCCUGUUGAUUGUUCGCGAUCAUCCGAAGCCCCUGUUAGAUCCCCGGAUGUUGUGAUCUCCAACAAUUUCAUGAACAGCGCUUUUAAUGAUGACCAGGUUAUGGAUAAUGAAGAAGCAUCCCAAGAUUCCCAUAUGCAGCUCAUGCCUGGUGCUGUUUCUGGAUCAUCUCAUGGUCAUUCUCUGUUUGCUGAAUCAUCACGCGGCCAGAUAGACGGGCCAUCGAAUCCAUACUUCGUUUUUGAUACCCCUCAGGGAACCCGUUACUGGAUUCCUAACGUCGCUGAUAAGUUCAUACCAUUGUGUGGGAAAUCUUAUCCAACUUUUGCGGAUGUUCUUUCCAUGUAUGAACUUUAUGCGUUUGAAGCAGGUUUUUCUGUAAAAAAAAGGCAAACUAAAGUCUGGAAUGGAAUUCCCACACACAAGUAUCUUCGAUGCUCAAAAUAUGGAAAACCACAACUCAAGAGGACUUUUGACACCCUAGAUGAAUCUUCUGUUAAGCACCGGAGGACCAACUUCACAUGGUGUGACGGUAAGGCAAGCAUACUAGUCUCAAUCUCGAAUGAUUCAUACACAGUUCUGAGUUUCAAUGAUAUUCAUAAUCAUGAACUUGUUGAGAGUUACAACCGUGAUCUUAGCAAGAUAUCACGGAAGCUGUCAUUCUCCACCAAACAAUUCAUUCACAAUAUGAGUCUAAACAGUAUCGGACCCAUGAGAGCUUAUAGAUGUCUUGUAGCUUUAAAAGGAGGGCAUCACAAUGUCAAUGGGACUCCGGUGGAUUUUAAAAACUUUAGCCACCAGUUGCGAAUUUUUAUUGGUGAACGCGACGCACAAGUUUUCCUUGAACGCCUGCGUGAGCGCUUUGACAACCUACCCAACUUCUAUUUUGAUUACACUGUAUCAAAUGGAAAGUUGUCUUCUGUAUUCUGGGCUGAUGAGAUUUCAAAGCUAAACUACAAAGCUUUUGGCGAUGUCCUCGCGUUUGACGCAACUUACAGCACUAACAGGUACAAGAUGGUUUUUGUGCCAUUCACGAGUGUGGAUCAUCAUUUCCAAUGUGUUACAUUUGGGGCGGGUUUGAUAUCAACCGAGUCCAUUGAAUCCUAUGUGUGGCUGCUUAAGGCUUUUUUGAAGGCACACGGUACUCAACCAACUCUCGUGCUGAGUGAUCAAGACCCAUCCAUGCUACAAGCUGUUCCUAUGGUCUUUACCGAAUCACGACACCGUCUAUGCAUGUGGCAUAUAAUGAAAAAACUACCCUCCAAGAUCUCUGCGGACGUUCUCGAAAACACUGAUCUUCGGUCCUGCAUUCACCGGUUGGUUUGGAAUGUUUAUAUCAAACCUGAAACGUUUGAGUCCCGCUGGAAUGACCUCCUACAAACAUUUAGGCUUCAAGACCACAGCUGGUUGAACGACAUGUACAACAUCAAACAUCUUUGGGUACCAGCGUACUUCAGGGAACUGCCCAUGUGUUGCUUAAUGAAGACCACUUCACGUUGCGAAAGCUCUAACGCUGCCUUCAAGGUCAACUCAACAAGCGCAAACACCCUUGUACAAUUUAUGAUGUGCUUUGAAAAUAGGGUAGACAGCCAACGAUAUCGGCAACGUGUAUCGGAGUACAAAACCUCAUCCACGAUGUUCACUGGCAAUACUGAUUUAGCGAUAGAACAGCACGCGUUCGCCAUUUACACAAACGCUGUUUUCGCGCAAGUUCAAAAAGAGAUAAUUAAAGGGAAGUUUUUAUGCUACAUCACAAACCAAACCGAGUCCAGCGAUUCCAGUCUUUUGAUAGACGUCACUCAUUUGGAUAAAAGGAACAAUAUCACAAAUGUCUAUUAG